AAUUAAAGAAAAAGAAAAAGGAAAAAUGAAGGCCAGCGUUCUUGCAAAUUGUGCUCGAAUUUUGCUUAUGCCUUCAAAUUACGCCAUGGAAGCUCCAACUGACCUCUCUGAAAAACCCUAGCAGAACCUGACCGGAAAUCGAUCUUCCAUGUCCAGACCUCCGUAAUUCUAGUGCUUGGAAAGAUUCGGACGUUUUUUAGCCAAUGGAUUCUCCUAUCCCCUUCCAAGACCUUAAUCUUCUCCCUGACCCAUCAUCCACUGCUGUAAUGACCGCCGCAACUUCCCCUAAAACAGCCACUACAAUCAACUCUUCUCUCAACAAAUUUGUUGACGCCGGCAAGUUGUUGACCCCUAAACUUGAACCUAAGCUAGAGCCCUUCGACGAUCUUUUCGAGACUCGGGAGUCUCAACAACCCCAACCAGUUCAGCAACCCUUCUUGUCUACCCCUUCUUCUAACUUCUUCUCUAACUCUGACUUCCCUCAAACCCCUUUUUCAGACCAAAAUCAUACACCGCUUUCUCAGUCUUCGUCCAUUUCCUCUGACAAAGACAAUGUUUACUCCGAAUUUUACCGCAUUUCUCAGCUGUUCAGGUCUGCUUUUGGUAAAGGACUUCAGAGCUACGGCGAUGCCGAUGUUGAAGUUGUGGAUCCUGAUGCUCAAGCAAUUGUCCCUGUUCCGGAGGAGAAUCAGAUUUCUUCUGUGGUCGUCUCUAAGAGGAAGUAUGAUAAAAGGUCUUCUGAACUCGUGAGAGUCACUGAUCUUGGGGUUGAGGACCAGAGGUACUUCCGAGAUGUGGUGAGACGGACCAGGAUGAUUUUCGAUUCGCUGCGUGUGUUAUCUACAGCGGAGGAGGAGAAGAGUCCCGGACUAAUGCGGCGACUUCGGGGUGAUUUGAGGGCUUCCUCCUUGAUGAGAGAGCGCGGUCUGUGGCUGAAUCGAGACAAACGGAUUGUUGGUUCGAUACCAGGGGUGCACAUUGGCGAUCUAUUCUUCUUUAGGAUGGAAUUGUGUGUUGUGGGAUUGCAUGGUCAGGCCCAAGCUGGAAUUGACUAUGUUCCUGCGAGUCAGAGCUCCAAUGGCGAGCCAAUUGCCACUAGUAUAAUUGUUUCUGGUGGAUAUGAGGACGAUGAGGACGCCGGGGACAUGAUAAUCUACACGGGUCAUGGUGGGCAAGACAAAUUUUCAAAACAAUGUAUGCACCAGAAACUUGAAGGUGGGAAUCUUGCACUGGAGAGAAGUAUGCACUACGGGAUUGAAGUGAGGGUUAUUCGAGGUAUGAAGUACCCAGGCAGUGUAGCAAGUAAGAUUUAUGUAUACGAUGGUCUGUAUAGAAUUCUUGACUGUUGGUUUGAUGUGGGGAAAUCGGGUUUUGGUGUCUACAAGUAUAAGCUUUUAAGAAUUGAUGGUCAAGCCGAAAUGGGUAGUUCCAUUUUGAAGUUUGCGGAGAAUCUCAGGACCAAACCAUUGUCUUUAAGGCCUUCUGGUUAUCUCAGUCUCGACAUUUCAAUGAAGAAGGAGGCAGUUCCAGUUCUCCUGUUUAAUGAUAUUGACAAUGAUCAAGAACCAUUGUAUUAUGAGUAUCUUGUUAGGACUGUGUUUCCACCUUUCGCCUUUCACCAAUCAGGAAGCGGUACUGGGUGUAGUUGUGUUUCAAGUUGUGUUCAUGAUUGUUUUUGUGCUAUGAAAAAUGGUGGGGAGUUUGGUUAUGAUCAAAAUGGAUUUCUAGUUAGAGGGAAGCCUAUAAUUUUCGAAUGUGGACCAUUCUGUCAGUGCCCCCCUCAAUGUCGAAAUCGUGUUUCACAGAAGGGCUUGAAGCACAGACUUGAAGUGUUUAGGUCCAGGGAAACAGGUUGGGGUGUUAGAUCUUUGGACUUGAUACACGCUGGUGCUUUUAUAUGUGAAUAUGCAGGAGUUGUCCUCACGAGGGAACAAGCUCAAGUUUUUUCCAUGAAUGGUGAUACAUUAAUAUAUCCAAAUCGUUUUUCAGAUAGAUGGGCAGAAUGGGGUGAUCUAUCUCAAAUAUAUUCUAAUUAUGUGCGGCCAUCUUACCCCUCUGUUCCUCCUCUCGAUUUUGCAAUGGAUGUAUCCAGAAUGAGGAAUGUUGCUUGUUAUAUAAGCCAUAGUACAUCUCCAAACGUGUUGGUGCAGUUCGUGUUAUAUGAUCAUAAUAAUUUAAUGUUUCCUCACCUUAUGUUGUUUGCAAUGGAAAAUAUCCCUCCUCUAAGGGAGCUUAGCAUUGACUAUGGUGUGGCUGAUGAUUGGUCAGGGAAACUUGCUAUCUGUAACUAACUUUGAAAAGGUUAUUAAUUUUGAGUAUGAGCAGCUCCGAAUGCUGAGAUCAAUGAACCAAGGAUGAUAGGUUCUAUGAGGUCUUGAUGGAAAAGAGAUUGAGAUUAUGGGAUCCUGAGAAAUGAGAAUUUAAUUUUUCCAGAUUAGAGUAUCUUCACAGUGAUAUAGAAAAUGAUUUUCUAUCAAAACACUCAAUUCAUUUGUGCAGAAGGUGAAACUUGAUGUCAAUGACUUCUUCGGUCAUGUUAAGUUAUGGAGCUAAUAGGGUUGUUAAACUUUGAAAACAUUUUUAUCAGUGGAUGAGAUUGUCUAUAUAUCACCAGAUUGAUAGCCGUGAACCCAUUCUAUGCAUCACAUUGAUUUUGUUUGGAUGAUUGAUUUGAUAGUCGCUGGGUUUCAGUUCUGGUCCUUAAUAGCAGAAUGCUGCUGAUUAGCUUGUAUGCAUACUUGAAUUGAAGCUUCAUGAAGCCAUUUUUUCUUUUUCACAAUGAAUUUAGGUGUUGAUUCUGUUCUCUAUACUAAUAUCAAUACCUCAAAUGACUGUGCAGAUGAGAGUUGGAAUAUUGUGUCUUAGGAAAUUUUUUGAAGUCACGGUAUAGGACUUUCCUAGCUGUUGGCCGUUGCGUCACCCUUUUUCUGGAGAGGAGUAGACUGCAAACUUGUGUCAGCUUCCAUAUCAAGUAAUUCAUAACCUUUUUUUGACUUAAAUACUGUAUUGUCGUUGUUGUAUUCAAUGUUGUUGGCUCAGACAUUAAGAAAAAAGCACUGCCAGUUUUUUCAAUGCGUGAAGAAGAGAAAAAAGAGAGUGAAUUUCUGCAACCGAACAUAGACCAUGGCAGUGCAUUAAUACUCUACAGAUUUUGGGCUUUUGGAUCAAGCCUUUAGAUACAGAAUUUUCACGGGGAAACUUGAGGCGAAAAAAACCGUUUCCCAAGGUUGUAAGCAUGAAAUUGAAAAUUUUUUGUACUUUUUAUAGCUUGUAAUUUACAAAGCCCAUAAUCGGCUAAAAAAAUUGUACUCUCUGUACAGUUAUUUCUUUCAGAUGUACAGCUGAAGUCUCGGUUCUUUUGUUCCUUCUAAACUCAAUCUCUUCCUCUCUUUUUAUAUAUAUCCUUUUUCUUUCUCA